UUAAAUAAAUCUAAAACAAUGGAUCGUUGGCAGCAGAAAAUCGCUGUAGUUACUGGUGCCAGUUCGGGUAUAGGCUGGGCCAUAGCUCAGGAACUUUUAAAAUCUAAAAUAAAAGUCAUAAAUCUAUCGUUGACUUUAAAAAGUGAAGAAGAAUUAAAAAAUGAAUUGAAACCCCUCGAAGAAUCAAUAUUCUUUCAAAAACAAUGUGAUUUAUCCAACCUAGAAUCUUUAAAAUCCGCUUUUUCUUGGAUUGCGGAAAAAUUUAAUAACAAGUUACAUAUACUAAUCAAUAAUGCGGGUAUGUGUGAAUUUUCGCGGAUCCUAGAUGAGGGAAAUGAAGAAUCUCUUAAACGUAUGAUUGAUACAAAUCUAAUGGCGGCGGUCUUUUGCAGCAAAGAAAGCUAUAAAUUAAUGAAAACUGCAAUGGACCACGAAGAAGAAUGUCAUAUUAUUAACAUAUGCAGCCUUUUGGGUCAUCAUAUUAUGCCUCAUAUACCCGAUUGUGGUUUUAAUUUAUAUCCCGUUGCCAAGCAUGCUCUACGUGCUACCAAUGAGGUUUUGAGAAGAGAAUUAUCGGGAGAUAAGUUAAUACGUUUGUCGUCCCUUAGUCCCGGCAUAACUGCUACAAAAUUUGGUUCUUAUAGCGAAAAACCUUCACAUUUGCAAAAUUUACCCGAUUUUCCCCAACUUUUGCAGCCUCAAGAUAUCGCUAGAGCGGUUAAAUUUAUUUUGGAGUCACCUUUACAUGUCACCAUAGCGGAAAUGUUAGUUGUUCCCACUUCAGAGAAAUAUUAAAAACUAAAAUCAUGAAUUCAUAAUGGAUUUCUUAUAAAAAUGGUUUUCCCAGAAAUUCCCAAAUAAGAAUUGUAAAUCCCCAGUUUAAAAAUAACUCUGAAUUCAAAUAAAUUCUGCAUAAGCUGCCUGUAAAAUCAACAAAUAAAAACAAAAAAUAUUCAAAAA